AUUUAAGGCAUUAAAUUGCAUCGGCUCUAUAUUCGGAGCCAACGAAAUGGCAGGGUUGAUCUCAUUUAUUGAACCACUCAGAUAUCGGUCAGAGUUUGUUCGGAACAGAUGCAAUUACAGGAAUAUAUGUGCCUAUUUGUGGAAAAACGAAACUCGCAGAGAAUGGCGUAUACAGCAGAGCUGACUCAGUGCCACAUAUGCUUGGAACAGUUUCAAAAGCCCCGGGCCCUCCCUUGCGUACAUACGUUCUGUCAUCUCUGUCUGCAAGAGUAUAUUAACGCGUGCCACUCAAGAGCGCACGUUAUCUCCACCGUUCGGGCACCAUCCUCGGCCACUGUUCGGGCACCACCCUCCACCACCGUUCGGACACCAUCCUCCGCCACCGCACGACCACCACCGGUCACCACCACCAUCGGAACAUCAUCAUCAGCGGUUCAGGCGCCCGCAUUCGCCGCCUCAUCACGGCCACCACCACGGACAUCCGGGUCACCACCGCGGACAUCGACAUGGACACCCAGGACCGGGCUGGGGUGGAUGCAGAGGCGGCAGAUCUUAAUACUGUGAAUACGGAUUUGAUGGUAAGACAUACUGUGUGCUGAGCAUAACUUGAUGUCAAUCAUGUGAUGUUUGCAUCAAGUCAAAGCGGCUCUUAACAAUAUAAAUCUGCGUAAACGUUACAAUGGACUAUUCUUCGAACGUUUGUAUUUUAAGGAACAUGUACUUAUGAUAAUCAUAUUUUCACCGGUGUUAACUUGAUUCAAAGGGAAUUUGUCUUCAAAGAAAAAGGUAACCUGUGUACAGUAAUUUUAAUGUGAAGUGUGAACAGUUUCUCCGUGGCGAGUUUUUUUAAUAAAAAAUAUUAAACGAAAUAUGCUUGAAAAACAAACAUAGAUUUGGUAUCGAACUCACGACAUGAAUGUAUAAAGUAAAAUUGAAAAUAGUUUGACUAUCCCCAUUAUUCUGAUUUUUUUAAAGGUGUUUUAGUGUAUUCAAUAUAAUUACUGUUUUGAAUUCAAAAUGUAAACACUAAAAGGGUCGGUAGUUAUUCUGGUCACAAAAAUGUUCACGCAAUUACUGGCUGAACGUAGAUUAUGAAUGUGAUAAUUUACUAAUAGAUAAUAUUUUGCCUGAAAUCUCACUAACAUUUGAGAAUAAUCAAUCUUAAUAUUCAACACUCCAGCUCCCGAGAACUUGAAAUAUUCCCGUCGUGUUUAUUUGUCAUGGAGUUAUGUGUAGGCAAAAAUAGUAAAAUGUUCUAUCUUAGUUUUCGCGCGAGAUAAUAUAAUCGGAAAUUGUUUUCAGUUAAAGCUAUAUGCAGUGGCAUCUCUACAUUAAAGUUCUUUUGGAGGCACUUACAUUGUAAUAUAAAACAAUGCAGAUCAAAGGACAGUUAUAUCCCCCGGAGUGAUCCUUUCAUGUGUGUGACUGCUUCAUUUCAUUAAUGUGAUACACAUUUGAGGCAAGUUUCGUGAAAAAGCAUUAAGGUGCACAUGAAAUAUAGAACGGUCUUAAACAUUCAGCCUUCAAGUAUAAACUUGACAUUGAUAGAGUUGAGCCUGCCUGGCUUAUUCGUAAUUUAUGGCUUUUGCAUAUACUCCCUAUGAGAACUAUAGUUGAGCCAAGUUUAAUGAGAAUCGUUCAAGGGUAUAAGGUCUUGGGAUUGUACACGAAGAUGGGGGCAAAAAUGUUAACCUUACUGUUACCUUGUCCUUGUGCUGACUUGAAAUCCCCAUUCUUCUGCAAAUCUCAAAUGACCUAACGGUGUGAGCCAUGUUUCUCAAAAGGAUAUUCAUUUUCAUUAAAACAAAUACUGCAUGUUUAGAGGGUGUGUGUGUAAAUGUUAUACUAUAAAGACUUCUUUGAAUAAGAAGGUUACCCUUGUACUCUACAUGGUGCAUGGUGCAUUGAAAGUGUUAUAAAUCCAGUUUUGCUUAAAUAAUACAACAAUAAUGGUCUUUGCCCAAUGUUUAGUGAUGAAAUAUUGGAAAAUAUCAAGGAGUGGUGUAUUGUGCACUUUAGACAUCAUUUUGUAACAAAUCUUAAUCUUGAUGUCACAUGUGUAUAUUAACAUUGUUUUAGAAGUUAAUGAUAUAUGUAUGAAACCUACUCGUUAAUGUUCUCCGGAAUGGUACACGACAAAAUAAAAGUUUGUUCGUUU